AUGAACCAGGUUUUUCGCCCAUUUUUGCGUCAUUUCGUCAUCGUUUUCUUCGAUUACAUUCUCAUAUACAGCAGCAAUGAGGAGGAGCAUGUUACUCAUUUAAAACAGGUACUGCAGUUGCUUCGGGAACACACCUUCUUUGCUAAACUCAGCAAGUGCCAAUUUUUUCAGCGGACUAUUGAGUAUUUGGGCCAUUUCAUUUCCUCCAACGGAGUACAGGCCGAUCCUUCCAAGGUCGCAGCCAUAGUCAAUUGGCCGAUUCCACGCACUCUUAAACAGUUGAGGGGUUUUCUCGGCCUUACGGGGUGUUAUCGUCGUUUUGUGGCUCACUAUGCCACUAUUGCAGCGCCACUUACUGAGUUACUAAAGCGAGACAGCUUUGUUUGGACUACACUAGCAGCCACGGCAUUCACCCAGCUCAAGAAGGCUAUGACCGACACCCCUGUUCUUAAGCUGGCAGAUUUUUCCAAAGUAUUUAUUUUGGAAACGGAUGCAUCCAAUGUCGGCAUAGGCGGGGUUAUGCAGGACGGGUAUCCCUUAGCCUAUUUCAGCAAGAAAUUGGGCCCUCGCUUUGCGGGUGCUUCAGCCUAUAUCCGUGAAAUGAGGGCCAUUGUCGAAGCAGUUUCGAAGUGGCGUCAAUACUUGUUGGGGCUACAUUUCAUCAUCCGAACAGACCAUAAAAGCCUCCGUGAGCUGCUUACACAAGUUAUACAAACGCCGGAGCAGCAACACUUCAUCCGAAAGUUGUUGGAAGAAUUGCGCCAAGAGAACAUCACUUGUCCGGAUCUUCGCCUAUUCCAUGAGCAAUUACAGCAGGGGCAAUUGGAUGCUACUCAAUACACGGGUAUGCGCAAGGAUGUGCACCAGUUUGUAUUGGCAUGUUUGUUCUGUCAAACGAUCAAAUAUUCGCCAACCGCACCUCACGGGCUGCUUCAACCACUAGAGAUUCCCGAGCGAGUGUGGGAAGACUUGGCUAUGGACUUUAUUGUGGGAUUGCCUAAUUCACGUGGCGUGACCAAUAUCUUGGUGGUUGUAGAUAGGUUCACAAAGUAUGCCCAUUUUGGAGCUCUCCCAAACCAUUAUUCCGCGACUAAAGUAGCUGAUCUUUUUUCCAACAUGGUGAUUCGCCUUCAUGCCGAGUAUCCUAAACAGUGGAGCAAAUUCUUAUCAUGGGCGGAAUACCAUUACAACACCAGCCAUCACUCCGCUAUUGGCAUGACCCCUUUCCAGGCAGUUUAUGGUCGUACUCCUCCGUCCAUACCAGCGUACACUCGGGGUGCUACUACUAUUCAGGCCGUGGAAGCUGAUUUACUGAAACAGGAUGAGAUCCUUCACCAUUUGAAGCACAACUUACAGCGGGCACAACAGAGGAUGCAACAACAGGCCAACAAGAAGCGGCGCGAUAUUGAAUUCCAGGUCGGCGAGUUGGUGCUGGUCAAACUCCAGCCUUACAGGCAAACUACUGUGGCCCACCGUCUCAAUUCCAAGUUAUGCCGUCGUUACUUUGGCCCCUUCGAAGUCCUAGCUCGUGCGGGUCCAGUCGCUUACACACUAAAGCUUCCUCAAGGGAGUCGCAUUCAUCCCACUUUACAUGUUUCUUUACUGAAACCAUACCAUGGCAGCCAGCCACUAACUUGUUACCCGCUGCCAGAAUUUAGCAUUGCCAACAAACCUGUUAUGGUUCCAUUGGCCAUUAUCGCUACUCGGAUUCACAUGAGGAAUAGCAAACCUACUCGGCAAGUACUGGUUCAGUGGUUUAUAAGCUCGCCUGAAGAUGCCACUUGGGAAGAUUUCGACACGUUUGUUCAGAUGUACAAGCUGCCCAACCUUGCGGACAAGGCUUGUUUCGGGGAGGGGAGUAGUGUUAGUGAAGCCCAAGAGGUUGGCCCAAUCAAGUUAGAGCCCAAAGGAGUGCAAGAACAGAUGAGAAGCUGGGAAAAUGGUUCAGCCCAGGAUGCUGAAGAAGCUGUGUUCACUGAAGAGACGCACAACGCAGAGGCAGGAGACCCGAGUAGCAGCAGAGCAUGGGAGAACCGAGCGUGUGCCAAAAGGGAGCGUGCGAGGCCUCGCUGGAUGAGGGAGUACGUGAUGAGGCUGGGAAGUUGA